GAUCGGAUCGGUUUUGUCUGGUUCUCGUUCAGGAGACUUUAGGAAUUAUUAACCGGAACAAUCCCUUCUUUCCGGAAACAAAAUUGCUUCAUGACAAGACAAGUCACCGUUUCGUUUUCUCUUAGAAUGUCCACGGACUCUAUGAUCCUACGAAGUACAUUUAUUUCUUCAUUCGCACGGCGCUCAUUCAGAAAAAGAACAUUACAUCAACAGUAUGCCUCUUAUUGUUAAAGUUAAUCCAGGGAACGUUUUAGGGAAAUAUCCUGACAUUACAUCGCCUGAUGGUCUUAUUUCUCCACCGCCGAUAGAAACAGAAUUGAAAGAGACUUCGCCGCUUCUGCGGGAAAAGAUCAAGGCAAAACAACGUCAAUUUAGGAAAGCUGUUUCGCGAAAGAUACAGAGAAGACUUCGAAACAUGAAGCGAACUCCAGUACUGAUGCUAAUUUUGAUCGAGGUUUUUGAACGGUUUGCAUACUAUGGGAUACUCAUCAACUUCGUUUUGUUCCUGAACAAGUGUUGUGGUUGGACUAUGUUUUUGUCAGUGGCAAGUGUAAUGACAUUUUCAUCAAUUUCGUGGUUCAUGUGUGCUCUAACAGGAGUAAUGGGUGAUUCGCGUUUUGGUCGCUACAAUACCAUCGUAAGUGGCUUCCUGGUUUAUUUCUUUGGUGCUUUAACUCUUGUACUUGUGGCCUUUUUAAUGGGAUAUUUUUACCUCGAGAAUGGGCAACCUCGAGAUAGAAUAGACCAGCCUUGGAUUUUAAUGAUUUUACUCGUGGCGUUACUGAGUAUCUGUGCUGGAGAGGGAGCUGUAAAGGCGAAUUUAUCUGCUUUUGAGGCAGACCAGCUUAAGAGAGAUGCACCAGUGCAGGAGAACAAGAUGUUGUUUAAUUGUUUUUAUUGGAUGUCCAAUGUGAUUUCGUUGCUGUGUCUGGCUGUUGUUACGUAUAUUCAACAAAUGAAGUGGUGUUACGGCUUCACCAUAGGGUUUGGUAUUCCUGCUUUUUCACUGACAAUAGCCUUUGCAAUAUUUCUUUGCUGUCGCAAGCAUUUCGCCAUUGACAGGCCUCGCGGCACUGGGCUCAGGAAUAUGUGGCUUAUUAUGCGUCAAGCCUGGUCAAGGAGAAAAGCUGUUAAAGUGGAAGAGAGGGAGUUAAUUCCAAGAAGUACUUGUACUUCAGAGAGUGAUUUUUCUCCAAGUGGUGGAGACUGGCUCGACAUGGCACUGGUGGCUAAUGGUGGAACAUUUAUGGAUUCUGAAGUGAAUGAACUCAGGGCAUUGAAGAAAGCUGUUGUGUUUUGUUUGCUCUUAAUUCCAUACUGGAUGAUUUAUACUCAGCUUUACAGCACAUUUAUCCUGCAAGGUCUUCACCUCAAGGCUGAAUAUGGAGGGUUUAUUAUCCCUGCUGCGUGGCCAAGUCUCUGUGAGAUUUUUAUUCUUCUGAUCCUUGUUCCGAUGCUGGAGAGAGCUAUAUAUCCCAGCCUGAAUGGGUGUGGUAUUAAUGUCUCCAUCCUUGGAAAGGUCAUCUUAGGAAUGUUCCUGGCCGCUGGUUCAGCUGGAAUGGCUGGUUAUGUUGAAAAAGAAAUGACAAACAGUUUUUUUGAUGCUGGUUCUGUCAAUCAUACUGCCAGUGGGGAAAAAUACCCUGUGGUGAGAGACUAUUCUAUUUGGUGGCAAAUUCCACAGUACACCCUGAUGGGUAUGAGUGAAGUCUUCACAAGUAUUCCAGGACUUCAGAUGGUGUUCAUCAUGUGCCCAGACACACCACAAAGUGUGACAUCUGCAGUAUUUAACAUCAUGAUAAGUAUUGGAAGUCUGCUGAGUCUUGGCAUUUUAGCGCUUACCGCUUAUCUUUGGGGGUGGUACCCCAUAGCCAGGGAAGGGGCACUCAGGUACUAUUUGGGUAACGACAAAGUUGCCUACUAUUACUGGCUGUUAGCAGUAGUGACGGUCGCAACAGCACUUUUGACUUCUAUUGUAGGAUAUACUUGUGAUAUUGGACCUGACAAAAAUGGAAUUAAACACCAAGUGCUGGUCAAUGAAGAGACUUCGACACAAGGUCAGCUUUCAAAUGCCGGGGUUGAUUCAAAAAAUAACACAUUUGUGGAGCUCAGCUCGUGACAAAACUGUGUUCACUGUUUAAAAUAUUUAUUGUAAAUUGGAAGUGCGUUUGGAUGUGAAGUUGUUGUAAUGUUUCAGAUUGGCAAGCUUGUAUACGUAAAGUAUUGUACGCUGCAAAUUUUGUUUCCGAACGUCAAUGAACGAAAGAUACAGUACAAUAUAUGUUGUUCGAAUAAGCUAAGGUGGACCUUUAUUGCUCAUUUCAAGCGGAUGGAAAUGAGCCAUGCAUUGUGAUGUUAAUACUUCAGUUUACAGUUCUUAAAUCAAGUACUUGUUUCAUUUCUAAAAUGCACGGGAAAAC